GACUCAACAAAUGCGGUCUACCGUCGCUGAAAACUUGAUAUCGGAUCUCGGUACAUUCAAAGCAUGGGCAAGGCAAAGAAGACCAGAAAGUUUGCUGCCGUUAAACGCCUCUUGAAUCCCAACGAUGCUAGAUUAAAAGAGAACCAAUUGAAGCAGAAGAGAAAAGAAGAGGAAGAAAAAGCAAAAGCGGUUCGUCGGGUGUGAGUCUUCAGUAACCUAUUGGGCACGCAACUGUUAGUAACCCAUGCAUUUUAGACCACAGGUGGCAUCGUCCAUGUUCCUUGCGCACAAUACCGAACUUGUGCCACCUUACCGAGUCUUGAUCGACACAAACUUCAUAAAUUUCAGUCUACAAAAUAAACUUGAGCUAGUCAGUGGCAUGAUGGACUGUUUAUUUGCCAAAUGCAUACCUUGUGUUACGGACUGUGUUAUGGCUGAAUUAGAGAAGCUCGGCCACCGGUAUCGUGUAGCACUUCGUGUUGCUCGAGAUCCACGAUUCGAGCGAUUGAGUUGCAGCCACACCGGAACAUACGCAGAUGACUGCUUGGUGCAGCGUGUCACUGCUCACAAGUGCUAUAUUGUCGCUACUUGCGAUCGAGAACUUCGGAGGCGUAUACGACGGAUUCCUGGCGUACCGCUAAUGUAUAUCGUCAGCAGACGUUAUGCCAUCGAACGGCUUCCUGAUCAAGGCGCUCCUGGUUCAUGAUACGUCGAAGACUAAAAAAUACACUCACAUUACUUUUUUGAGGAUACUCAGUGCGGGUUGCUGCAAGUUGUUGAUUUAAUACCCGUAUCACGUAUUCAACACUUUCCAUUGAUAUUUUGAGAUAGUGCUGUCUAUAACACAGGAAGCUUCGAUUGCAUCCGAUUUUGGGGUACGCCAGCUGUGCGUCCCUUAUCUGCAUCACUGGAAUUGAGCAAAAAGGGUAUGUGUGUGCUUAUGAUAACGGGAGAGCUAAGGUGCUAUGAUGUCUUGUUCGUUAUUAUAUUUAAUGCCAACCUAGUGAUUCCUGACUACUAUCUAAG